CCCUUAGUGGGGAGUUUAUUUUUAGCAAUCGUCUGGGAAACUUUACCGCGUGUGAUGUGAUUAUUUCCCCUGUAUUCUAAAAAAACUGCAAUAGCUAGACAGAAAAUGAAUCUGUCUCUGAGAUUAGUUGUUUCUUCGGUUCUACAAAAUUUAAACAAGGUUUCGACGUGGCAUGCCUGAAGUACCUGGCUAAAUCGCCUGCAUCUGUUUCACACAAAUAUUUUAACUUGCACAGCUGGACGGAUUUAGAGAAGUUGUUCCAUUUCGCGAGCUGGAUUUAUUAUAUCGACAUCUCCACACCAUUUAGCUCCUCAAUGAACAGGAGGCGGGUGUAAUCUUGCAGUAUCAAUCUGGGGCUACACCCACGGAUUAUAUCGCCUGAAUUGAGGAUGGAGAGGUUAUCCCGCUAACCUUCCUCAGACGAGCGGAGAUCUCUGGGCUGUGCGCGGCGGAGCGGGAGCUUCCCGUCUUCAGCCUGUGUGAAUCUUAACUCCCGCAACGAUGGGGUGCGGGUUGAGGAAACUGGAGGAUCCCGAAGACAGCAGCCCUGGAAAAAUCUAUUCCACCCUUAAGAGACCACAGGUGGAGACCAAGACCGACACCGUUUACGAGUAUGUGUUGCUGGACUUCAGUUUAGAAGGCAGUCGCCCCACGGUGCAGUGUCUGGCCUCUCUGUGUGACCUGCCCCAGGCCCUACAGCCCUACUACACCCAGGGCUACGUGCUGGCCGCCCUCCAUCCCAUCAUCCUCUCCGUGGGUCGCAGCCGGGCCCUGCCUCUCAGCCUGCUGUACCGCGCCAUCCUGGCCCGCCCCCGACCCAGUAAGCAGGUGGUGCCCAUGUGCCACAAUGUCCCCGUGCUGAGAGUGGAGGAGUGGCCUCUGCCUGGAGACUCGCUCACUGGGGACACCGUGCGAGCACUCAUCGACAGGGUGAACAGCAGCGCGCGGGGGGGCGUGAGAUUCGUGGGCUCGGUGCUCCAGCAGGUGGGCGGGGGGUCCUACAGCUGCAAUGGGAGGGGGCCCAGCCCCAGGAGGGGCUGCCGAUCCCCUCCUCGCACUCCGCCCCGAUCCCCGCCCAGGACUCCGCCCGCAGACAGGGACUCGGAGGACGGCUACAGCCACGACUUGGUGCUAUUGGUGCUAUUUCACUCCUGGGCUCCAGGCUGUGCCCCCCUCGACUCCCUGGCCUGCUGCUACCACCAGGGGGCGCUGUCCAUGCGAGUGUCCCGGAGGGGCCAGGUCGUCAGUGCGCUGGAGGCAGAUUGGCUGGAGCUGACCGCCGCCUACUACCGCAAGGGCUGGUCAUUGGUGGACUCCUUUGUAUACUGGGACACGCCCAAAGGGGAGCCUGUACCCAGAUCUCUGGAGGGUCUGUUUGUUUAUGAGGAGUGCAGCACGGCCCCCCCAGCGAACGACACCAUCGUAGUGGAACAGUGGACUGUCAUUGAGGGUUCGGAUGUGAAGACAGACUAUGGGCCUCUCCUCCACACGCUGGCAGAGUUCGGCUGGCUGCUCACCUGUGUGCUGCCAACACCCAUCAUCCGUCAUGACAGUGAGGGAAAUUUGGCCACCAAACAGGUGGUGUUCCUGCAGAGGCCUGUCAGGAGUGAAGCCGCUUCACAGAGGAACCAGGCUGUGGCAGGGCCUUCGCGCAGUGAGGUAUCCAGCCGCUCUGUGAGUCAGGGAGUGGGGGUGGGUGGGGCCCACUCAGAGGAGCUGUCCCCUUGUGCGGGGGGUAUAGGGGGGUUCCCUGUCUUUGGAGGGGGCUACUCCAGUGCCCUGUCCCACCUGGAGGAUGGGGGCUUUGAGCAGGACGACGGGGCGGCGGAGGUCACGUGUAUGUGACCCCCCCACGCACGCGCUCCUUUUCUGGUCUCCUGCUGAGGGAGUACAUAGAUCAGACCCGGAACUGUUUUGGCACUUUUUAUUGUUGUU